CCCGGCCCGGAAGUCGCUGACGGGAGCUGGUGCUUCGGCAGCCAUCGCGCUUUGCAGUUCGGUCUAGGAGGGUGUAGGGCAGACGCCAGGCGAGGAAUUGCGACCUCUCCGUUCGCUGACCCUGUAAGAUUUGGAUAUGUCCUUCAUAUUUGACUGGAUUUACAGUGGUUUCAGCAGUGUUCUACAGUUUUUAGGAUUAUAUAAGAAAACCGGUAAAUUGGUAUUUCUUGGAUUGGAUAAUGCAGGAAAAACAACAUUGCUACACAUGCUAAAAGAUGACAGACUUGGACAACAUGUCCCCACGUUACAUCCCACUUCAGAAGAAUUAACCAUUGCUGGCAUGACCUUUACAACUUUUGAUUUGGGUGGACAUGUUCAAGCUCGAAGAGUGUGGAAAAACUACCUUCCUGCUAUCAAUGGCAUUGUAUUUCUGGUGGAUUGUGCAGACCAUGAAAGGCUGUUAGAAUCAAAAGAAGAACUUGAUUCACUAAUGACAGAUGAAACCAUUGCUAAUGUGCCUAUACUGAUUCUUGGGAAUAAGAUUGACAGACCUGAAGCCAUCAGUGAAGAGAGGUUACGAGAGAUGUUUGGUUUAUAUGGUCAGACGACAGGAAAGGGCAAUGUAUCUCUGAAAGAACUGAAUGCCCGACCCUUAGAAGUUUUCAUGUGCAGCGUGCUCAAAAGGCAAGGUUAUGGAGAAGGUUUCCGUUGGAUGGCACAGUACAUUGAUUAACAACCACUUGCAUCGGUUCCAGGUCUCACCAUUCAGGCCUACUCAGAGAUUUGAUCAUUCAACAUGCAUAACUUGAAUUCAAUAGACUUUUGUUGGUUAGAAAACAUGUUUUUUAGAUUAUUAAUAUUAUAUCAACUUAAUUUGAGUGGAAAUUGAAAACUGAUUCAAGUAAGUUUGAAUAUCACGUUAGCUUUCUAAUUCCAUAAAAAUAAUUAGUUUAUACAGUUUAAUAUCUGACAUUUCCCCCAGUGCCAUUUAUAAAGAACAACUUUCCAGCAGUACAUUUGAAGCACUUUUUAACAAUGUGAAGCUACAAAUAUAAACCAUGUUUAAAAGCUCAUCAUGUUAAAUUUUUAUGUACUAUUUUGGAACUAGUUUUUAAAUUUUAGAUUAUAUGUCCACCUAUCUUAAGUGUACAGUUAAUAAUUAGCUUAUUGAUGAUUGCAUGAUGCCUUACAGUUUUCAAUAAUAUUUUUUCUUAUGCAAACGUCAUGCAAUAAAACACACCCUGAUGUUUGGCA